UCAGCUCCAACCCCCCCCCAUCAAAGGCUCUUCUAAGAGCCACCACGUUGUCUUGAAAACGGCUGUGACUGAGCUAAGCACUUUGGAAUGCUAAUUAUCUUCCGGGUCCUUCCUUUUGUGGUGGCAAAGGGUGGAUCUGGAUGUCCAACGGCGGGAAUGUUUUAACAGAUAAGUUUAGUUUGCUCCCCUGGAACCUUUGCCCGAGCGCUCCAGAUUUGGCCUCUUCAAAUAAGUGAGUUUGCAAGGCCUACAGUAUUUCAGUCUGCUGCAGUCAUGCCUGAGCCCGCGAAGUCUGCGCCAGCCCCGAAGAAGGGCUCCAAGAAGGCGGUGACCAAGGCGCAGAAGAAGGACGGCAAGAAGCGCAAGCGCAGCCGCAAGGAGAGCUACUCGGUGUACGUGUACAAGGUGCUCAAGCAGGUGCACCCCGACACCGGCAUCUCGUCCAAGGCCAUGGGCAUCAUGAACUCGUUCGUCAACGACAUCUUCGAGCGCAUCGCCGGCGAGGCGUCGCGCCUGGCGCACUACAACAAGCGCUCGACCAUCACGUCGCGCGAGAUCCAGACGGCCGUGCGCCUGCUGCUGCCCGGCGAGCUGGCCAAGCACGCCGUGUCCGAGGGCACCAAGGCCGUCACCAAGUACACCAGCUCCAAGUGAGCGCCCGAGUCGGGACCGCCGCCCCUCACCCCAAAGGCUCUUUUCAGAGCCAACUCCUUUUUCAGUGUAAGAGUUGUACAUU